CCCGACGUCAGGUAGCGUGGCGAUCGCUCACAGAAUGCGAUGAACGCGACGCCGUGCUCGCCAUGUAGCCGACACCGAAACCGAUUACCGAGUCGGUGCGCGAUCAGUAGCGGCACUGACAUUCGAGGGAGUGGACGGCGUGGUACCCGUGUACUCCUCUGUCGCGUUCCCGUAACACGAGCGGAUCGGAGCGCGCGUCGCGCGCGGGUGCUACACCAGGAAGGCCGCUUCCGCCUUUCCGGUCGCGCAUCGUCGGGGCCGCUGCAUUGGCUGCGGACCGCGUCGCGUGUGCUCGUGUCCGAAAAAUGUAAUAUGGCGAUGGUUGCGUCGAACAUGAGCGGCCACAUACAGAAGCAGCUCACCAGGAGCCUCGAGCGGAUCCUGGAGGAGGCGCACCUGAGCGGCGAGCUUAAGCUGAGCGGCCGUAAGCUCAAAGACUUCCCGAAAGUCGGAAAAGCCGGCGUAGUUAAAUACAAUCUGCAAGAUACCGUAAUCGCCGACCUUUCGAAGAAUCGUUUCAGUGAGUUACCGGAGGAAGUCACAGAAUUUUCAUUCCUCGAAAAGCUGCAUCUUUAUCAUAAUGCCAUAAGAAUAAUCCCGGAAACCGUCGUAAUGCUCCAAUCCUUGAACUACCUCGAUCUUAGUCGAAACCAAUUGACGUCGCUACCUCGAGAGAUAUGCAGGCUACCCCUUCAGACAUUGCUAGUCGCACACAACAGAUUAGCAUCUUUGCCAGAUGAGUUGGGCAGGAUGACAGUAUUGGCAGAACUGGACGCAGGUUGUAACGAAAUCACGAGUCUUCCACCUCGAAUGGGCGACCUUGCGCAACUCCGGUCUCUAGACUUGAGGAGCAACUUGCUGGUGCACCUGCCUAUAGAACUGACGUACCUGAGACUCGUGAAGCUGGAUAUUAGCGGUAAUCGAAUAUCUGUGCUUCCAAACGAGAUGAGGAAGAUGAAGAGCUUGGUGGAUUUCAAAUUGUCCGACAAUCCGCUCACCUCGCCGCCUGCCUCGCUAUGCAUUCGCGGGCGAACGCACAUUUUCAAGUACUUGGAGAGGCAGGCAGCGAAACACGAGAGGGCCAGAGGCGGUCGAACGCGACGGACACCUCUGGAUGCAAGAGGUCAUGCGACGUUGGACACGAGGUCGCAUCGACGACACAACGUCGACAGUGGCUACAGCACCAGCGACGGUGUCGACAAGCGUUGGUCCCAAGAGAUCCACAGCGCGGUACACGAUGGCGAAGUUCGCAGCUUGUGGCGGCAGGAAUGUUCACCGCUCUCGAUAACGCUACCGCACGAGGUAGGCGUGAACGGAUCUUGUAGUGGCACGUCGACACCCAGCACGAUUUCACCCGGGGAGCACACGUCCCUGGAGGAUGAGUUGGGCAAGGCGAUGGUACUGCACGAUCAACUGGAAAAGAGGAGAUUAGAGAGAAGCACCUCGGAGAAUGGGGCAGAUAUUAGAAGACCAAUGAUCUCCGGCCUUCAUCACACAUCGAUUACGCCACCUGGCCAUCUGGAAUCCACGCAUUUGACGAGUCAGUCGCAGCAGAUAUCAUCCGCACAGCAAUCAGUACAUCCGCUCCAAACUGCAACGGGUACCGCUGCAAUGGUGAACGGCGACGAUAAGAGGCCGUUCAAUCAUAUACAGACGUACAGGGAGUACAAAGAAGCUCUGAAGCAGCAGAGGGCUAACGAAGGUCUAAGCGUAUAUAGACCUCGCGAGCAAGUGACGCCUCCAGGUAACGAGACGCAAAACGAAACCGACAUGGGCAACAAUAAAGAAACCAUUGCUCUAACUGGCAAGCAAAUUUUCAACGAAGAUAACGCAUUAAAGAGGCCAGUGCAGAAAGUUACCCCGUCGCGAAUAAACUACCAAAGCACACCAAUUAUCAACGGUAGUAAUAACGAUUACAACAAUAAGAACGGAAAAUAUCUUGAGCAACCUUAUAAAAAACCUAGCUCGCCUAUUAAAACUUCGAGUAGUAUUCUCUCCACGAAUACGAGUCCAGCGCAUGCGCCCAGACUGGUGAAAACCGCUGUUGGUUACGUUGAAGGCAACAACAGUCCCAGUAGAAACGGCGGCAGUCCGAAAUCCCCGCGAUCCGUCACAUGGAAUAGUAAUGUGCCUGAAAAGUAUUCCUUUACUAUGAGGAGAGAGUUUGAACGUGCCAAAGAAGAGGCUGAUCUUAUCGAACAACUACGAAAUCACAUAGAGACGAGAUUGAAGAUGGCACUGCCAGAGGACCUCGCACCAGCGUUAACAGAUGGUGUUGUUCUUUGUCAUCUGGCGAACCACGUUAGACCGCGAUCAGUUGCUAGUAUACAUGUUCCUUCUCCCGCUGUACCUAAGCUGACAAUGGCACGAUGCAGGCGUAACGUUGACAACUUCCUCGAGGCGUGUCGGAAGAUUGGCGUUGAUGAGGAGGUGUUAUUGGACGCGGACGCAAUCAUGGACGUGGGUUACAUGGACGCGUACGGGCUGGAGGCUUUGGCGCGUCUCGUCACUGCUCUUCUCCUUGUUCGCGAUGAGGGAGAGAGUGGCACCGAAGAGCCGGCCGCAGAUUCACUCCGUACGAUUCAAGACCACGUUCUAUCCGCGAUGCUUUUUGCCACAUUCCUAUCUGCCCUAGUUCUGCUCUAUCUAUUCCCAAUCCCCGAUUAGUGAGACAAUAUUGCGAAAAAGAAGGAUCUACGAAUUAAAAAAGGAGAAAGAGUGCCAGGAUGGAAACUACGGUGUCUUGAGACGGCAAUUCUCAGAGUCUCCUUUUUUUAAAUUUUGUUUUUGAUACAAAAUCUGGGAAUAACCGUCUCGUUCGAACAACGAUACACACGACACUUUCAAUGUUCGUUUCACACUUUAUCUUUAGGGCUACAUAUUAUUUUCAUGAACUUUAUUCAUACUUGUAUUCAUUAAAUUCAAAAAAGUGUCGUGUCGAAUUUGACUUUGAUGUCGAAAAUUCUCAAUGGUGUUCAUCAAAUUAAAUGAAGAAAAAAUGUGCAUUAAUAUUCGAUAGAUGCGGCACGUUUCUUUUCUAAGAAGACAGUUUAAAUGUUUACGUAACAUGAACAGAACACUAUAGGGUCGUCAUUGACAUCAAAGUAUUCUGUAAUUUUUUAAAGUGUCUUUCGAAGAGGAUACAGAUUAAAAAACGGUUCGCUAUCGCCGCAUCUAGACGCUUUAAAGAAUAUCAGAACAUAUCUUUUGUCGCAUAUGAAAUUGUUGCCAGGGGCAAAGUAUUUAGUUUUCAAGAACCUAUUCAUCACAAUAGUAGCUUUAACAAGAUUGUUCGCUUUUUUUGACCUAUGCUUACGUAACUUUCCUCGCUCGAGCAUGUAAGCGAGGAAUUUUGCAGUCAGCGAAGAAUUUUCGGAGGUAGUUUUUAAGUGUUGAUAGGCAGCUCGCUGGAAUGUUUAAUCGGCUAAAUAUUAUGUGCCUUUUUUGUUUCAAAAAAUCUUCAUUCUUUAUCGACAAUUGCAAGCGGGAAUAUCAGCGAAAGUUUACGUAAUAAAGUCCCCUGCAAAACACGAAGUUUUAUUGUAUUCUAUAUGCUCGUUAGUUUUUUCCGAGCUUAUUAGGAAGCUUAUUAACAUAAAAUCAAAGAGCGCAAUCAAAGUGGAAGGCGCUCGCAUAUCACGUUUAGUUGUGAAUGUACCUUACAGAAUGAACCAGCUAUAUGAUCGCCGCUUGUAAUCGUACGAGUCGGCUGUCGUCGGCUAGACCGAUGAAAUGAUAUUUUGAUAAAAAAAAAAUGAAAGGUUAAUGGAAAUCAAAAGUUGAUGCGCAAUACUCGUUCCAGAAUUGUAUAAGUCGUAUAUCCCGUUUGACUUUCCGAAUUCUCGGAAAGUAUUCAUUGCCUUGUAUACGAUGAAAACCUCAAAGAAUCCCAAUUAAUUGGUAUUGCGACAUCAUCUUUUUCAUCUGGGUCUGCGAUUGUCCCUCAGGAAGAGAAGAAAGAGUGAAGGGAAGGAUAGCUACGAUGCCUUUGACGGCAAUAUUUUUUUAAGAUUCGACCAAUAAACUGCCUGCGGCUUUUUUAAGAUUGGUGGGUCUGUGAUAGGUAGCCUGCGAGCGUUACAGGAUUCACGAAAAGGUGCUAAGGGAAUCUCUUUCAGUUCUAGAAUUUUCUAUUUUGGUAAUGUAAGGUAUAACAAAGGAGGGUUUAAAGAUG